CGCUAUAACCUUUUGAUUCCAUUGGGAGAGACUGACGGAGAGAGCAAGCGAAGCUCCUCUCACAGUCUCACUUCUACAGCCACAACCAAGAGUCUCUCUCUCUCUCUCUCUCGUUUGGAAGGGUGAGAAUGGCUGGAAUUAGAGCAGCUGCAUCUGGUUUGGUAUUAUUGCGUCCAGUGACUUUCGUCACAGGAAAUGCAAAGAAGCUUGAAGAAGUUCGGGCUAUCUUGGGCCAAUCCAUUCCCUUCCACUCUCUGAAGCUCGACAUUCCUGAAUUACAAGGAGAGCCUGAAGAAAUCUCCAAAGAAAAAGCCCGAUUAGCUGCAAAGGAGGUUAAUGGGCCUGUUCUAGUUGAGGACACUUGCCUCUGUUUUAAUGCCCUAAAGGGUCUCCCAGGACCUUACAUCAAGUGGUUUCUGCAGAAGAUUGGUCAUGAAGGUUUGAACAAGUUAUUGCUGGGUUAUGAGGAUAAAUCUGCUUAUGCUUUAUGUGUUUUCUCCCUUGCACUUGGGCCAAAUGUGGAACCAGUGACUUUUGUUGGAAAAACUAUGGGGAAAAUAGUGCCUGCAAGGGGGCCAAACGAUUUUGGAUGGGAUCCCAUCUUUCAACCUGAUGGCUAUGAACAAACUUACGCAGAAAUGCCAAAGGCAGAGAAGAACAAGAUCUCUCAUCGAUCCAAGGCUCUAGCCUUGGUAAAAGCUCACUUUGCUGAAGCAGGAUAUAUUUUCCAGAUAGAGCCAUCCACCCAAGGAGACUAGGCGAUACCUUCCUAUAUAAAAGGUUAAAAUUUUAGCCAUCUAUUUUGUAAUGGAUAAUUCAGAUUGUCAAUUAAAAAGGAGACAGAUUGCAUGCAAUAUUGUUACAUAAGUCAUUUGUUUUGACAAUAGUUGUUUUUUGUA